GAGUAGCGGCAUAGUGCUGCUCACCUUUCGCCUCAUGAGUAGUUGUUCUCAGCACGUCCGCUCCAUUGCCGGGCGAACAUUUUUUUUUAUGAGUCAGUCGUAUUUCAAGUGGAACCGAUCUCUUGCACGAAUGAAGUCACUCACUGCCAACGCGUUGGUGUCUGUGGCGGAGUCAAAGACGCGUGAUCUUCGCCUGGCAGGACGUUUCAUUGAGUUUCAGUUUGAUGAUUUGUUUGAGAAGGCCCAUCGAGAGGAGGAAUACUUUAGGGCACCGUCGCAGGACUACGACACACGGUACGAGAGCGACUCUAACCAGAGCUGCGGGAACUCCGGCGUGACGUACCGUUACGACGUGGAUCCCUUGUUUCUCUCCGUGCAGCGCCGUCUCUCCGUCUCACAGUACCUGCUGGAGAGAGAAAAGAAGGAGCAGGGUAAGAACAAGCACGCUGGUGAAGAAAUUACAGGAACUUGUCAGGGCACUGAUAAAACUCCGCCACGGUUCCAUGAAGAGUUCACCGCCAUGUCCGAGACAGCGCUCAGUCUCUUUCGCGACGUUUUACGUUUGCAGAUGGAAGACUCGAUGCGAUUUAAGGAGGCCAAGGUGUUUGCUUAUUUUGAGGUGGUGCGGAACUUUCUUCGACAAAAUGCUCUUCGAGAGGUUCUGAAUUGGCUUCACCGCCUUCACAACACACACAAAGCCAACAGUGAUAUGGCGGAGGCAGGGUUGGUGUUAUUUUUUAUUGCCGCAUUGUGCUUCCGUGUGACGGAGAUGUUUUACGUUCUCAAGGGAAAAGACUCUCGAGGUGCACGUAUGCCUUUUGGGCUUUUGACAUAUGUCUUUUGGCAUGACUACGUGCGUGUGUUACCGGAGGUGGAUGUUUUGCUACCUGUUGACACGAUCUAUGCCAUUGUGUCUGAACUUUACGUCUGCCCAGAUGAGGCCUGCUUUUCCGCUGAGGGGCAAAUAAAGUCGUUGAGGGAGGCAGCGGAGCACCUUGAGAAGGACCAGUACUACGAGCUCGCGAUUGGUGCGGUUGCCAUCGCUGACAAGUAUCUCCGCGCCAUUGGUGACUACAAGGGGGCGGCGCUAGUGCACACGGCGAUGGGCACGUGGUGCACGGCCAUUGCCCAGCAAAGCAGGCGGCGAAACCAUCGCUACUUUCUCCUGUGGGCCCGUAUGGAGCGUGAGGAGCGCCGAAGGACACGGCGGGAGCUGCAGGAAGAAGACAUUUUGUUGGGCGAGCGGCCGCGAGGGCUGCCGGCUGGUCGGGCCAUUAAACGCGUCUACAAGAUGUCACCCGAAACUUCACUGAAGGAAUUCAAAGAGUACGCCAAGGAGUUCAUUACUUCCCUCCUUCAGGAUGCGAAUCUCGUUGUUUUAACGGAUGAUCUCGUGGAUACCCUUCCGGCGCCACCAGAGCCAACAUCGAAGAAGAAGCGUGUGGCUUCUCUUCAUCAACCACCAAACCAUUGUUGGGUUACCGUCUGUGAGGUGCACGCGAACGUUGCGAAGGGUGAGCCGGCACCCCCCGACGGCUUUGACAGGUCUGUUCAAAUCAAGAAGUUCGAGAGUAUUUUGUAUGUCCACACAAAGCCGGAAGCCGCCGGACCAAGAACGAUUGAUGUUAUGAAUCAGCGCAUGUCUAUAAACAUAUAUGAGCUGGACCGUGCCUUUCCAUCAACGACGAGCGCCAUUGAUGUUUGUAAAGUGGACACUUCAUUUCUGAAUGCUUAUGAAACGGCAAGAGAGACUUUAAAACAACGUACGGAUGCCAUUGCACGGGCACCUGCAAACGAAACGCUCAUCACGGUACUGCGGGAGGCACUUUCACCAAUGGGGAUCACACCUCCGGGCGCAUAUGUGAAGGAAAUUAUUGCCGUCAUGGGCAACAACAGCGAUGUUAUUGAUGCGGUCAAGUUACUUAGCACGACUGCGCGGAAAAAAUUGUCGGUGUGCGAAAAGCAAGGCGUACUCGUAACGCGUCCCGAAGAGUACGCACUUGUAUUGAAGGCCGUGACGGAUAUCGAGUGCUGCCUUAUUGCCAUGGAGGAUGCACCCCGUGAGCAAGAUGAGUAA